AAGUACAUUCACCAGUGUGAUUUGAGCAGGCGAAAAGAUUGGUAGAACUAGUCGGACGAUACAUAUCCGCUAACACACGAUCUAAGUGACACAGCAAACACUCUGUGUGUCCGUAGUGUCACCAACAAUAAUAACAAAAAAAGUACCAAACUCUACAUUAUCAAUAGCUUCAUUACUCAGCAGUAGAGGCAACAAACGAACGAACUAAGCGACCAAAAAGCAAGCUCUAACAGUCAAGUCCGAGUCAGCCAUAAGCCAGGCACACAGUAGCAAAAACGUCCAUUUGUAAUUUCUUCCAUAUGUAAUUGCAAUACACACGCACGCGACGGAGUUUUUUGUUUUUGAUUUUUAGAAAAACGUAGACUGAACAGAAGCUGCUGUGAGUUGGAAGAAAAAAAUUAUAUAUAAAAUAAAAUAAUAAUAAUAAUGAAGUGUAAAGCAUGAUUUGAAAAGUGUUGGAAAUUAAAGCAGUUUACGAAAAAAAGUGCAAAAAAGUAAAAAAAAAAUAGAAAUUUUCGAAAAAUAAUUUCGCAGCUAGUAAAAUAUACAUACAUAUAUACACAUAUGUAAAUGGCAAGACUAUAGGCUAAAGAGCUUGGCAUAGAAGAAAAGUUAAAACGCAUGCGAAAAUAGUAGUAACGGCAGUUGUACAUUAUAUAAGAACACUGAACUUGUUGACGACAUAAUUCGUGGUUCUGCAGUUAAUUAUUAAGUCAAGUCAAGAUGGCCCUUUUUGGGAUGGUGUCGGCCGUUUCUGGCUUUAUAAAAAUUCGAAAUCUCUUGGAUCGUGCGGUUAUCGAUAACAUGGUCUUUCGUUGCCAUUAUAGAAUUACAACAGCGUUGCUGUUUGUUUGCUGCAUUAUUGUAACGGCAAAUAAUUUAAUUGGCGAUCCCAUUGCAUGCAUCAAUGAUGGCUCCAUACCAAUGCAUGUCAUCAACACAUUCUGUUGGAUCACAUACACAUUCACCAUACCCGGUCAGCAGCACCGUCAAAUUGGCACAGAUGUCGCAGCGCACGGCCUGGGUAAUGAAUAUGGACAAGAGAAGCGUUAUCACAGCUACUAUCAGUGGGUGCCAUUCGUGCUGUUCUUCCAGGGACUCAUGUUCUAUGUACCACAUUGGAUUUGGAAGAAUUUGGAAGAUGGCAAAAUGCGCAACAUCACCGAGGGUCUGCGCGGUUUCAUUACCAUGCCUGAAGAUUACCGCAAAGAUCGGCAAGAACGCAUCAUAAAAUACUUGAAGCAGAGCUUGAAUUCGCAUAGCAGUUACUCGUUUGCUUACUACUUCUGUGAGGCCUUGAAUUUCGCCAAUGUUGUGUUGAAUAUCUUUUUGGUGGAUAAAUUUUUGGGUGGCGCUUUCAUGACAUACGGCACCGAUGUGAUUAAAUUCUCAAAUAUGGAUCAGGAACGUCGUUUCGAUCCGAUGAUUGAAAUAUUUCCACGUUUGACGAAGUGUACUUUCCGUAAAUUCGGUCCGGGCGGUUCACCACAGACGCACGAUACGUUGUGUGUGUUGGCUUUGAAUAUUUUGAAUGAGAAAAUUUACAUUUUCUUGUGGUUCUGGUUCAUCAUUUUAUCCGUGCUCUCUGGCUUGGCUUUAAUUUACUCACUUACCGUUAUAAUGAUGCCGACAACACGCGAAACGAUCAUCAAACGCUCUUAUCGUACGGGACAGCACAAGGAAAUCCAAUUUUUGAUACGCCAGUUGGAUAUUGGCGACUUCUUGGUUUUGCACUUCUUGGGACAGAACAUCAAUACAAAGUAUUACUGUGACUUGGUGCAGGAGCUUUGUAUCGUACUUGGCGCUUCGCGUACGCCAUCGGCGCCAUCCACCUUGGAGAUGCAUCCCAUGUAUCCGCAAGUAGAUCGAUUCGGCAAGGAGACCGAGACAUAAAUCGAUGCACAGUUGGCGGAAGGGAGCGAAAAAGUGCAAACAAAAACAGAUAAUAAAAACAAAAACAAAAACAAAAACAAAACGAAACAUUAAUGAAAAGAAAGUUAAAACGCCAUUAAAAAACAAAAACUACAAAAAAACACACAGGCAAGCAAAUACAAAAACUGUUGAAAAAGCAAAAAUUGCUAAGGGCAGUCAGCGCUCGGCGUUCUGCUGUUUAGCAUCAGCUUGACACUAUGCGCGUAAACAUCCAACUAUUCCAUACAAUGCACCUGCACCUGGGCUCCACUAGAAAUAAAAUAUCAAGAGACAGACAAACACAGCAAUAACGGCAAAUACUGUGUGUCUCAAAAUACUGGCAAAGCAGAAAAUUUUUAAAACACAAAAUUAGCGGUACUUCGAUUUUGAAACAGCGAAAAGCAUACAAUUGUGCCAAGCAAAUAAUACAAAUAAAACAAAAACAAAAAAUUAUAUAUA